ACAAUAGAACCAAUUCUGAGCAAGUGUUUACAGGCAGUGUUUAUGGCGAUGUAGAUUGGAUAAAAGACCUAAAGAUCUGUUCGUAACAGCUUUAAUGCUGCCAGUACUGUGCGCCUAGAAGGACUAACCACCAAAUCCAGUGUGCGCAUGUUAAACAAAUAGCUGUUGCCACAGAUUGGCUUUACAUCCGAGUAUGACAGUUCAGACUUUACAUAGGGCAUGCCGUGACGAUGAUUUAUUGAGUGUUUCAAUCCUAUUAGACAGACAAACAGUGGACGUUAAUGGCAAAGACAAACACGGAAGGACGGCGCUACAUCUCGCCGCCAUGGAUAACAACCAAUUGUUGGCAGAGAUGCUGUUCCAGCAUGGAGCUGAUACCCGCUCCACUUCAAAUCAGGGAAUGAUGCCUUUGGAUUGCGCAAGCGAAGACGAGAUGACUGUGUUAAUUGCUAAAAUGAUGGCAAGAGACGGGGGUUAUGAUAUGAUCAAGGAAAGACUCAAAAGCCUGAACAAACCUCGGAAGUUAAAACAAAGAGUGGCUAAAGAACUUGAGAGAGUGCCGCAUGAGAAGAGGGUAUUACCAUUGCUGGCAAGCCUUGUAGGAAAGCGCAAGACGGACCUGCUUGUGGAAGCGAGUGAUUCUCGUCGCUCAAGUCUUUCAGAUGGAAGUAAACUAAGCAUUGCUGACUCGGGAGUUUCGGAUCUUGACCGAUCUCGCAUGGAUUCCCUAGAAUCAGUCCAGACAGACUAUGGUGGUGAAAUAAAGAUAGAAAAAGAAAGAAGAGUAACAACAGCACUAACAAAACAAGAACUGAAUACUAUUCAUCUCAAUACCAGAUUGAGAUUUCAAACAGACUUUAGAAAACAAAAAACGAAAAAGGAUCCUACAAGACGCCAAACGCACCCCCUGAGAGAACACACAGUCCCGAAAAGCCAAGCCAAGAAAAGAGUAACGUUUCCACCGGAUGUCCUUUUGGAUAUCGCUGUCGCUAAUGAUGAUUUUGUGGAUGCGUGUCAUAUAAUUAAAUCCAGAUCAGUGGACAUAAACAGAGCUGGUCCUAAUGGUCUGACACCUUUGCAUCGAGCAGCAAUUGAAGGUAGUCACGAGUGUUUGCAAUUACUCAUAGAUCAGGGAGCGGACGUGAAUCUGCAAGACGAGCAUGGGUGGCUGCCACUACACGAUGCCGUCUAUCACGGCAAUGCGAACUGCGUAUUGACUCUGAUUGAAGCAGGGACCGAUGUAUCGGCGAAAACGAACGAAUUCGAAGGCUUGCUAGACCUUGCCGACGAUAAGGGUCUAUUACUACUAAUUGGGAGAACUAUUAUUUUGCAGGAACUAGGAAUUGCUUCUGGUAUAGAGGAUGAGGUUAUGCAUUUUUUCCCAGAAUCUGAGCGCGAGUCUUGCGUUUGAUGUUAAAAGCUACCAAAGGAUUGUAUCUUGGUAAAAGUAGUGCAUAGGCGCCCGCCCGCCCCAUCCUAUAACAACGAAAAGGUAUUUAAUACUGACACAGCUGCACAAGAGACUAUAUCGCACCAUCUAGGAAAACUCGAGCCGAAAAAGCCACUUAUUCAUAUCUGAUUUUUCUCGAUAUCUCACAUAACUGAUUUUACUGUGGCAUUACCUUUGUUGAGCCUCUGAGGAGGCUUGUCAUGUUUCUUGAAUAUGCCUCUUUGAUCGGGUUAUCAAAAGACCAUGAUGUAAGAGAACGAAUCCCCCGUAUUGGGGUAUGUUCCAAUGAUGACGUCCGUGAAAGCUAUUUAUAGAACAAGCAGUUAUUUUAAGAUACGCCUCUGAUUGGCUAGCGCUCACGUAUCCUAACAACACGAGUCUUACGCGCGAUCACAUCUUGAGCGAUGUGAACCGGCAAAGGCUGUUAUGGAAAUCUUUUUGACUGAAAAUACCUUCCGUUUUUACGAACGCUGUGAAAAUAAUCUUCCAUGGAGUACACUGGGUCCAAUCAACCGUUUCUGGGACAUUGAAAUGCAUAGAGUGCGUGUUUUUAGGAUCUGCGAUCAACUUACCCAGUAAAAGUUUUCACUGCUGAUUCGCAAAUUAUAACACAACAAUCAAUCCUAAAUCUGUGUUUACAAAACAAAAUUCUCUUCCAAUUCCCUUUUAAUGAAAAAGAUACAUCCAGAACUUAAUACCAUUAUAUUCACACCAAUAUUGUGGUUAUUAAGACAGGUAUUUCACAAAUAAAAGAUUUCAAGUCUUUAUAUUGAAGUAAAUCUUGUUCCAGUGACAAGGGUUUCUUGAGUGACAUGAUUUCUGAACAUUUGCGUGAAUAAUUGAAAUUCAUCCAUCUAAAAAUGUUGUAAAUCAAAGAAAAAUAAAGGCCUUUUUGUAUUAAAAUACAUAACAUAGAGAGUGCCUAGGUAUUCUAUCUCACCGAAUUGCAGAGAAAAAGACCUUUUUAGGAGUCUGCACGAUGCAUCUUGAAUGAACUCCAAAUUCGACCGUCUCCCCGACGUCUUCCCGUUCAAUUAUUUAUAUAACAUUUAGAUAAAUGAACAUUAGAUAAACUAACAGAUACCAGGACACCACCCUAUGAGUAGCAUUGUGAUCAUGAGCCUUGAAGAGAAGCUAAAAGGAUAAAAACAGGUAGCGAACGAAGUAAAUAAGUGCAGAGGGAAAACAUUUGUUGUGAAAUUGUACUAGCUCGUGGUGCCCAUAUCCAAAUAUGGCGCGACGAACCAUAUAUGGAUACUAUGAUUGACAAGCUCGCGCAAUCUAAAAAUAGCUUUCAUGGACGACAUCAUGGGCCACGGGGAUUCGUUCUCUUAUAUCAUGGUCUCUUGCCGUUAUAUAAAUCAUUUGGCUUUGGUUUUUAUUAAUGACUUCUAUGCAAAGGGUGGAUAAAAGCUCUACAAACUUCAACUCAAUAGUGUGCACAUUUAUUUACAACACAACCGAAUCCACAAUAAAGCCAUGCAGCUCAAUAUACUUCCA